UCACUUGAAUUCACAAAUGCCCGAUCAGCACAUGAGAAAAACACGAGAUUACUUGUACUUUAAUUGAAUGUGGUUCCUUAAACGGACAAUACCAUUGUUAGUUUUUUAUUCUGGAGUCACUAAAGUUGACCAUAAUAAUGAGUUGGCACUGAUAAUUUAGUAAAUGAAGUUUCAUUAAAUUUGGUAAAAUGAAUGUUUUAAAAGCUUGGAUUUUACCUCAGGUGAUCUUAGGUAAAAGCGCAGUCUUCGAAUUCGAGUAUCCGUCAAAUAUGACCGUUCUCCAUGCCACGGACGACUCUAAGUGCACGGUGCUGAACGGCACGUGUAAAGAGACAUCCAGCACGUGCGAGGGCCUAUAUAAGCCGUCAUUGUGCGCCGGCCACGUCAACAGGCAGUGUUGUGUGGCCAGCAGUACUUACGACACAAUAGAAUGUACGGGGAACCAUCGUCAUCACGCCCGGGGAACCGCCUACUACCCCGACCCCUCACCGGAAGAGGGUGGCUACUUCGACAUGCGCGGUUUCCCCCUGCAGACGCUUCAGGCAUACAUGAAGGGUAUGGCACCGUUUGUGACGGUCGCCAUGGACAGCCACCCCGGCAUCGCGUACGACACACCCGUCUGUAUUCCGGAACUCAACCGGAAAUACAGAAAGUUCAUCGACUUCCGGGUGCGUGACACGGGCGGCGCCUUCCAGGGCAAGAAAUUUUCGAGGAUCGACAUAUACGUGCGCGACCGCCACGACUCUUACGACGGCACAAUCAAUGGUCCCCUCACACUCUUUUUCCGCUGAAGCACACAUGGAAGCGCGGACUCGUUUCUGUUUCCAUCACCAACGGCUUUUUACAACUGACUUGAACUAUUUAUAUAUAUUUUUUUUCAACGUUUUGUGCAAAAUAUUAUACACCGAAUUGAAUAAAUUGUAUAUUAAC